AUGGAACUUAAAAGCGGGGAGCUUUAUCCUAUAGAAUCUGGAGUUGAGAAACGGGGCGACCUGCCCGGAGAAAAGCUUCCCUGCGCUGGCUUCGCUUUCUCUUCCCGUUUUUUCUCCGGCCGGGAGCUCGGCGUGCGCUGGGAUGGUGCCUGUGACAACCAGGGGUUUGGUGUCCCUUGGCGUCACUCGGAACGAUCGCGUGCGCUCAGCAGUUUGUUUGCAAGAGGUUAUGGCACCUGGAACACUGGGGCCACCAACACUCCAGGUACAUACGCAACGAAUGCGACGAGUUGGCAAGGUUAUGAAGGCUACGACUAUUACAACACCCAAACCACCGCCGCUAAUACAGCGGCCACGUACAACUACGCCGCAGCCGCUGCCACCUCCAGCAGCUGGGAAACACCCAAAACUUCGGAUAUGAGCAUGAACGCCGACGUCAACGCCGCCAUGCCCGUCGCCUCGUACGGCGCCGAGACUUCGGCGAACGAGAACUCGGAUUCCAUCAUAGCCAAGAUCAACCAGCGUUUGGAUAUGCUGUCGAAGGAGGGCAGCGGUGGGACAGGGGAGGGGAUGGAAGAUCAGGAGAGCUCUUUCAGAUUUGAGUCUUUCGAAUCAUACGACUCGAGGUCUUCAAUGAACGACCGCGACGUGUACCGAUCCGGCUACGAUUACGGAGAAGUCGGAACCGAUCGGAACGAUUCCUUCGGGAGCCAGUUCGAUAACCGCAGGGAUCAGUCUCGUAACCGAGGAAACAACUACGGCCUCAUCCGAGGACGGGGUCAAAACCGCGUUCAAAAUCGCGGGCGUCUAAACGCUUUCAACCGCACCGACCACUUCAUGCCCUCCUCCAGCUCCGAGCGCCUCUCGGCUCGUUGGAACGAGUUGAACUACAUGGGUGGGCGCGGGAUGGGGGGUGCCGGAUCCAACAGGCUCCCUUCCCUCUUUUCCCAAGCCCUCGUUCCCGACUACGGCGACUACGGAGACUACGGAGAUUACGGCGACUACGGCGACUAUGGGGAUUACGGUGAUUAUGGCGACUACGGAGAUUAUGGUGACUACGGAGACUAUGACUAUGGCAUGAUGGGGAUGUCGGGCAUGGGAAUGGGACGGUAUGGGAAUAUGCCGUAUGGAAUGGGGAGGCAACGAAACAGAGACAGGAUGGGUACGGUGCCCUGGCACAUGAACGCGCUCAUGCCCAAGAGAAGAGGUUUCCGAAACCGUUCAGGAGGGCGAUCGGACGGCGAGGGAGGAGGACGCAAGCGAAAACAGUCGCAAAGCGGAGAUGAGCCGGACAGCAAACAGGCGAAGACCGACAGCGAAGGAGACGACACCGAGAACGAUGAGGGCGAAGGAGAGGAAAAAUCAGGAGAUGAAGCUGACAAAGGUGAGAACGGGAAUUGGGGCCGUUUGGCGGAGGAAGCAUCUGGAGAUGGCUGUGAAGACGACGAUGAGGAGGUGAAAAAGAAGAGGGAGAAGCAGCGGAGAAGGGAUAGGAUGCGCGAUCGCGCUAUGGACAGGAUCCAGUUUGCCUGUUCCGUCUGCAAGUUCCGCAGUUUUGAGGAAGAGGAGAUCCAGAAACACCUCCAGAGCAAGUUUCACAAGGAGACCUUGCGCUACAUCGGCACCAAACUCCCGGAUAAAACGGUCGAGUUCCUGCAGGAGUACAUCGUCAACAGGAAUAAGAAAAUCGAGAAGCGGCGCCAGGAGCUGACCGAGAAAGAGGGCGCAAAACAGAAGCCGGAUCCUUUUAAGGGUAUUGGCCAGGAACACUUCUUCAAGAAGAUCGAGGCGGCUCACUGCAUGGCGUGCGACAUGUUAAUUCCUGCGCAGAACCACCUUCUCCAGAGGCACCUGCGCUCUGCCGAUCACAACAGAAACCGCAGGAUGGCUGCGGAGCAAUUCAAGAAAACCAGCUUACACGUCGCCAAGAGCGUCCUGAAUAAUAAACACAUCGUAAAGAUGCUGGAAAAAUACCUCAAGGGAGAAGAUCCCUUUACGGAUGAAAUCGCGGAUCAGGAUGUGGAGGAGGCGGCGACGGGGGAGGGGCGACCACAGCCGCCGCCGUCGAGGUUGCCCAGGAAGGAGGAGGAGGAAUCGGGGAAGCCGCGGAAGCGGCGGAAACGACGAGCUGGAAGCGGAGGGGUUGCCCAGGAAGGAGGAGGAGGAAUCGGGGAAGCCGCGGAAGCGGCGGAAGCUUCCGAAGAGUUUUCCAAACCUGAGGAAUUUCUUAAAAAUCUGGGGGAGCAAGAUCAGCCCCCCAAACCGCUGCUGAUGCCCCCGUUCCUGCAAGACGACGAGCUGGAAGCGGAGGAGAUGGCGUCGGAGGCGCCGGCGGACGGGGAAAAGCCGCAGAGAGAGCUGUUGGUGAUGAUUUUCUUCAGCUUAGCGCAGGGAAUACUCAUUCCACCAAAGCUGGUGCUGAAGGUAGGUUUCCAGCAUGUCAGCGUACGGACCGGCCUCGCCUGUAAAACCCGAGCGUCGAGAGCCCGGGUGCGCUCGAUACUCGACGUCUUGCUCUGGUUUAGGGAGCCGAGGAAGAAUUCGGUGGUGGGUAAAAGGGAUGAGCGCUAA